AUGAGCCGAAUCUUGGUUACCUUUCUCGUUGGACUUGUAGCUAUCCUGAUUGGCUUUUACCAGUUAAGCCUGAGGCCGAAACUUGCUAUCCUUGGUGUUGGACGUGAGGUGAGGCCUGUUGGGAAUACGCGAUGUAAAGUGUAUCCUGAUGCUCAGGCUUGUGAAAAAAUUGUGAUACAUAACCCGACUGGACUAGUGUACAUGGCGUGUUCAACACCAUCGAGUAGAACACACUGGAUCCCAACAACAGAUCGGCUCAAUGCUAUGGGGAAGUCUUCAUCAGACUAUGUCGCAUUCUUCGACCCCUCUACUUCACGUACAACUCGUUUACGCAUAGAGGGGUUCAAAGAUCCACGUGGGCAAGGACUAAGUGUGCACGGGAUGGACGUUGUCCCUUCGAAAGAGAACCCUGGUGAAUUGAUAAUGUAUCUCGUUAACCAUCGUACACCACUACCACCUAAAGACCCGAAGGUCGAUGGUGCGGACUCGGUUGUAGAGGUGUUCCGAACGACUCCCGGGAGUGAGGUGAUGCGUCAUGUUAGGACGUUCGAGGACCCGGUGAUCACUACGCCGAAUGACAUACUCGCUAUUGGGGACGACGAUAAAAGCUUUUAUUUCACGAAUGAUCAUGGGUUUCGGAAGACCGGACUUGCUAGAAGACUCGCUCUCGAUGCGUUCUUCGACCUCGGAUGGUCUAACGUUGGAUAUUGUCACGCUGAGCGGGGGUGUAAAAUCGUUAUCGAUAACCUCGUCUCUGCGAACGGUAUUACUCGGGGUAAGGAUGGGAGGGUAUACGUUACGAGUCCGACGUCCGGGCGCGUAUAUGUUCUUGAUAGGAAGGCGGAUAAUAGCCUGGUGAUCGCAGAUGUCAUUACGCAUAGCGGUAUGAUUGAUAACCUCUCGACAGACCAGAACGGUACCAUCUGGGGCGCGGGACUCGUGCAUAUCCUCCACUUUUCUGGACCUCAUCAUGAUAACCCAGAAAUCAAGACACCCUCAUCCGCAUUACGCAUAACGGUUAAUAACUCUGGCACACCGCGCGAGAAAUAUAGAGUUGAGAAGGUAUUUGAAGACGAUGGAGAGUUUGCAUCUGGGUCUACGUCUGCUGCAUAUGACGCGGAGCGCAAGAAGCUGUACUUGCAUGGAAUCGCCUCACCACAUUUGACAGUCUGCGAUAUCUAA